UUCUCCCUCGCUAGCCCCGCUGUGGAGAUAUAUCACCUCUCAUCCCCGCGACGUCAUCAUCUUUUCUUCAUCGCACAUCUUUCUCCUCCUGCUAGCGACCCAGUCCAGGUAGAAGCAGGCAAGCAGCACCGAAGGAUCUUUCCUAUCCUCGAUUCCUCCUCCAACAGAGAAGCACCAGCCGCACAUCUUCCUCCUGCUAUCGACCCAGCAGGUGCUUCUAUCCGCAGUGAGUGA